AUGGAUUUGAAACCCCCUGGUCCAGAUAACGUUCCAGUACCUGCCAAAUUACAGAAAAGAUUCUAUGAGGCUUUGGUGAUGCUGUUUGUGUUAGGACAAAAUCGCGGGGACCGGGUCGACGAGGAAGGGUUUGAUGCAGAGCCAGAUCCUUCCGAUUUAGGGGGCGAGAAGCUUCGGAGGUCAUUUCUGAGAAACCUUGCAUACUUAUGCGACUUUGAAAUAGGUGGGGAUCGAACGACUGCUUUUGCUUUGCAGCAGACUCCACAGAGGAUCGUGUAUUGGAUGGCGUCAAACAAAGGCAAGCCUAGGGAGGAAGACCCUACGAAGCUAUUUGCGGCGGGGAUCCUCGAAACUCUCAAGCAUUUGGAGCCAUCUCAAGCAUCUGAGAUUGAGAAGGAAUUAUUCGAGAAGGCAGUAGCUUUCAGUUCGAAGAGGAUCUCGUACUACGCCAAAGCCUUGGGAAAGGAGAUACAAGUUGUAUUGGAAUCUUUGUCGGAGAACGAGUCCGCUGGUGGUGAGAGACCCGGACAACACUUUUUGCAAAAAAAUAUUAUUUUCUUGGAUUGGCUAAAAAGCUUAAAAUAUGCAACCAACACCCCCUCUACCAUCUGCCGGCUCUGCUACGAUUCAAGAAGAUCAUUGCAUUAUGAGGUAGUUCGGAAAAGAGCAAGGCUUGGCGAGCCAUGUGCACAGAGAUACGAGAAAAUUCGGCACUUCAUCGGCCGGCUCAAUCACACCCAGAAAGCGAUCAAGGUGAUGAUCGAAGCCAGGUUGGAGCUCUCAUAUCUUUUUAGUGCCUUUGAGGUCAAAAGGGCAAAGUCAUCUCAUUCCUCACUUCCGCCAUUGCUUGAACGCGAUCCUACUUUAAUGGAAAUUGCUGGGCGACUAGCUGGAGACGACGGAGCUAUUGAGCUGUUGCGCCGGAACCUUGGGGAACUUGAUCGACUACAUCAGCUUUCAAAGAAGCUCAGCAAGGAAUGCCAAAGCACAACCUGGCAACCGCGAGUACACGCGGAACUAAUCUUACUAGAUCUGUUCUGGACCCAGCACUUUGAGUUUGUUGGAAAUGACAAAUACAUUGGCUGUAGCAAACCAGCAUGUUAUUGUUGUUAUCACUAUAUAACACAACAUCCAGGGGGGUUUGUUCCUCCGCCAUGCCACAAUAAUCUUUGGCUGAAAUGGAAAGCGCCAGAGAUUUAUGAUCACAAGGAGACGCAACACAUCAAGAAUCGAGAGAAGAUUUUACAGAAAAUGGCAGAGAAGAUUCGUGUUGACGUUCUAGCUCAGAUCAUUGAAUGCAGAGGGCCUAGGUCACGGAGGCCGGAUUCGUUGACGGAAAUAUCGUCGCAUCGCCAACUAGACUUUGACUUUCUCAGCGAUGAUCCAGAAGACGGUUCAAGCGAAUCGAUGUCCGAGACAGAUUUCUCAGUGAAGAGUGGCGUGGAGGAUGUCGUUGGUAAUAUGGAAUUUAGUCAUCAUGCAGCGGAAGAGGAUAGUGAGACGGAAGAUGACGAGGCUGGAGGAGUCCAACUCCUUUCGGCACUAACAGCUUGAGUUUAUUUGAGUUUAUCGGGUUUGGUCCAAGUGAUUGUGCACUCGCAAUUUGUUGGGGUUUUGAAACUCGAUGUAAUGCAAAGGGGGACACUAUGAGCAAAUGGCACCGUGAUGUAUCUUAACAGCAUUGAGGCUAGCAAGGAGCCCUAAUCUCAAGUCUAAACUGUCACCUUGAAUGCCUCGAACGAAGCCACCCCAGUCAUCUGUUUCCCACCAUCCACAUUCCCAGUCAUGGUGCCAACCCACUCCGUAUAAAGGGUAAGACCCUGCAAAGAGACAGCUGCAACCUUAACCUCCACGUUCAUUGUAC